UCGAGAAUGGCGUCGCUCCGGUCGAUUCGGGAAUUUUGCGCGGACCGCGCGUCGGUUCUAUUUUAGUCGCGUGUGUGGGUGAAUGAGGUGCCGCGGCGCUCAUCUACGACGGCUAUUUUCGUCGCCCCUGCACGUCCUCGCGAGCGGAGCUGCGGAUCGGCGUGCAUGCGUGCACGCACGAGGGAGAAGGACGGAGGAACGUGAGACACGCACACGAGCGAGAGGAUGAACGACAUGGAAGCCUACGGGGAUGGAUACAUGGCACCGGAGGAGGAAUGGGAGAGGGAGGGUCUCUUGGACCCCGCCUGGGAGAAACAGCAGAAAAAGACAUUCACAGCUUGGUGCAACUCGCAUCUACGCAAAGCAGGCACUGCCAUCGAAUCGAUCGAAGACGAUUUCAGAAAUGGGUUGAAACUGAUGUUGCUGCUGGAGGUGAUCUCAGGCGAGACCCUUCCGAGACCCGACAGAGGCAAAAUGAGGUUCCACAAGAUCGCCAAUGUGAACAAGGCCCUCGAUUAUAUCGCCAGCAAGGGCGUCAAGCUGGUUUCAAUUGGCGCGGAAGAAAUCGUGGACGGCAACUUGAAAAUGACCUUGGGAAUGAUAUGGACCAUUAUUUUGAGAUUCGCCAUUCAAGAUAUCUCCGUGGAAGAGAUGACUGCGAAGGAAGGAUUGCUGCUCUGGUGCCAGCGUAAGACAGCACCGUACAAGAACGUCAAUGUUCAAAACUUCCAUUUGUCCUUCAAAGACGGUCUCGCGUUCUGCGCUCUUAUCCAUCGUCAUCGACCCGACUUGAUCGACUACAACAAACUCAGCAAGGACAAUCCGCUGGAGAAUCUGAACACUGCCUUUGAUGUCGCUGAAAAGUAUCUCGACAUUCCUCGCAUGUUGGACCCCGACGAUUUGAUCAACACUCCCAAGCCGGAUGAGCGAGCUAUCAUGACGUACGUGUCCUGCUACUACCACGCGUUCCAAGGUGCCCAGCAGGCAGAGACGGCGGCUAACAGAAUCUGCAAGGUACUGAAGGUGAAUCAAGAGAACGAGCGUCUCAUGGAGGAGUAUGAGCGUUUGGCUUCCGAUUUGCUCGAGUGGAUACGACGAACGAUGCCGUGGCUCGCGAAUCGGCAGACCGACAACUCCCUUGCUGGCUGUCAGAAGAAGCUGGAGGAGUACAGGACGUAUCGGCGCAAGCACAAGCCGCCGCGCGUCGAACAGAAAGCCAAGUUGGAAACGAACUUUAAUACUCUGCAGACGAAGCUGAGGCUGAGCAACAGACCGGCGUACAUGCCGACGGAAGGGAAAAUGGUGUCUGACAUAAAUAAAGCGUGGAGAGGCCUGGAGCUAGCCGAGAAAACGUUCGAGGACUGGUUAUUGUCCGAGAUGAUGCGUCUGGAGCGACUGGAGCAUCUGGCGCAGAAGUUCAAGCACAAGGCGGACGCGCACGAGGAGUGGACCGCCGGAAAAGAAGAGAUGCUCACGUCCCAACACUUCCGGCAAUGCAAGCUGAAUGAACUGAAGGCUCUGAAGAAGAAGCACGAGGCCUUCGAAUCGGACCUCGCGGCCCAUCAGGAUCGCGUGGAGCAGAUCGCGGCAAUCGCUCAAGAACUCAACACCCUCGAGUAUCACGACAGUGCGUCCGUAAACGCCAGGUGCCAACGUAUUUGCGAUCAAUGGGAUCGUUUGGGCACUCUCACUCAACGCAGGCGUCAAGCUCUCGACGAAGCUGAGAAAAUCCUGGAGAAGAUCGACGUCUUGCAUUUGGAAUUCGCCAAACGCGCUGCUCCGUUCAACAACUGGCUGGACGGAACCAGAGAGGAUCUGGUGGACAUGUUUAUCGUCCAUACGAUGGAGGAAAUCCAAGGUCUGAUGGACGCGCACGCUGCGUUCAAAGCCACUCUCGGAGAAGCGGAUAAGGAGUACAAUUCGAUUGUGGGAUUGGUGCGCGAAGUCGAGUCCAUAGUCAAGCAGUACCAGAUCCCCGGCGGCUUGGAGAAUCCUUACACCACUCUUACCGCGCUGGAUCUUACCAAGAAAUGGAGCGACGUUAGACAAUUAGUUCCUCAGCGCGAUGGUACUCUGGCCGCUGAACUCCGCAAACAACAAAAUAAUGAAUUGCUUAGACGACAAUUCGCCGAAAAGGCCAAUGUCGUCGGACCAUGGAUAGAACGUCAAUUGGAUGCUGUAACUGCAAUUGGUCUCGGUCUUCAAGGAACUCUGGAAGAUCAAUUACAUCGUCUGAAAGAAUACGAGCAGGCGGUGUAUCAAUACAAGGCCCAUCUUGAAGAAUUGGAGAAGAUCCACCAAGCGGUUCAGGAAGGCAUGAUCUUCGAAAAUCGCUACACUCAGUACACCAUGGAGACGCUGCGUGUCGGUUGGGAACAGCUUCUGACUUCAAUCAAUCGUAACAUUAACGAAGUUGAAAAUCAAAUCCUUACUCGAGAUUCGAAGGGCAUUACCCAGGAGCAGCUGAAUGAAUUCCGCAGUAGUUUCAACCACUUCGACAAGAACAGGACAGGCAGAUUGGCACCGGACGAGUUUAAAUCGUGCCUUGUGUCUCUGGGAUACUCCAUUGGAAAGGACAGACAGGGCGACAUUGACUUCCAACGAAUCCUGGCCAUUGUUGAUCCUAACAAUUCGGGUUACGUGCACUUCGACGCUUUCCUUGAUUUCAUGACACGCGAAUCCACCGACACCGACACAGCGGAACAAGUCAUCGAUAGCUUCCGCAUUCUCGCCGGCGACAAGCCUUACAUCUUACCGGACGAGCUGAGGAGAGAAUUGCCGCCGGAUCAGGCGGAAUAUUGUAUCCAGCGAAUGCCUCCGUUCAAAGGACCGAGCGCCGUUCCUGGAGCACUGGACUACCGUUCCUUCUCGACGGCUUUAUACGGUGAAUCUGAUCUAUAGAUGAACAAUAAUAAUAUCAAAAUUGAUAUUAUUCAACAUCGAGUAAUAUCGAAAAAACAAAAAAAAAAAAAGCGGACGUUUGUCAGCUGACACAUGCAUUGGCUGACGAACGAACGACGCCUAAAAAUUUCACCUAUUGUUUUAGUAUUCUAACGCAACAGUGUAUUUUCAUGUGGCGAUACGUUUUACGAAAACCAAGCUCAGUAUGAGAGAGUACAAUACGUACGAUAUCAGUCACUACGCUAUAUAAAUGUUAAUAAUUGUACGUGCGCAUUACAUACUAGAGGCUGCUGGAAUAUCGAGACUGUCAAGAAAGUAAGCGAUGUGUCGUUUUAACGUAAAGGGAUCUAAGUGUGUCGUAGAGAACAGACGAAAAGUAGAUGCUUAUUCCGAAUAGAAUAUCUUCAUAAGGAUGGAAAUCACAUAUCACGAAGAAGUAAGAUUACGUACUUAUGUAAGUCUACAUUAACGCGACAAUAAUGGAUAUCGUAUUUGGAUACCUUUCGUUAAAAGGAUAGAAACGUAAGUGUAAACUGAUACACACGAAGUUCGAAGUUUGAUAUGACUCUUCUAGAAAAUGUUUUGCUACAUGUUUAUUCUUCCAUACUUUUGUGUAGCCUACGCUAGAACGAGACAAUUUGGAUUUGACAUUUUUUUUUCUUCGGGAAGUGCCAACGAUAAAUAGAAUGUACGAUUCCCCUCUCUCUGCGACGUUUCCGGAAAGGAAUCGGAUUCUUAAGCCGUACUUGAGAUCGGCAGUUACACCAAAACUUCAUAUAAUUGGAUAUGUGCAGUUAGUGAGUGCAUUGAUGCUAGAGGCUCUCCGAAUUAUUGCUACUAGUAAGUCCAAUAAUACUAUUUUCUCUAUAUAUUGGAGUAUUUAUUCAAAAGUUCUAUAUUCUACAUUUUGUAUGAUCAUAUAGCGAAAGAAUACAUAUAUAUAUAUAUAUUUUUAGACUUGUGAUUUUGCCAUUGUAGCGUGAUACGAAUUUAACAAUGUUUUUAGAUUGGAUUUUUCUGACGGAAUCCAUUGUAUCUUUGCUAUAUUCUAUAAUCGUAUCGUAUAUUUGUCAACAGUUUUUAAGUGUGCCCCUUUAAAGAUCGUCAAAUUCUGUAUCGCGUAUCAGGUGCACACACGCGUAUCAUAAAGCGUUAACGUUCGGUUCACGCCAUAGAUCAAUGUUCGCACAAACAUCCGGAAAAACUCAGAAGAGUGAUAAUAACGAACUUUACGAGUCUUGACGAUACAUGAAUCGACCUACUCGCUAAGUAUCCAGAAAACGUACGCUCGAAAUCGAAUAAUGUCCAUAUUUUUUUAAUGAGCGCGGCACUACGAAUCCUUAAACGAUAAGCCGUCGCCUUUGUAAAUCGUAUAUGAAGGAUACGCGCGAAACGAAUACGCUGAACGAAGCAAAUUAUUUAUUUAUUUGACUUUAAUAAUUAUUUAUUAUAUUGCUCCGAUAUUAAAUCGAUUUUACGGUAGUAAACGAAAUACUUUUCUCAAAGUAUUUAUUUUUAUAAAUAUAUUCGCGAAGAGCGAUAAGGCGCUAUUUGUAAUAUAGAAUCCAUUGUGUAAAUCUCCAGACCACAGCCGCUCUUUCUCGUAUCAUGUUUCAAAAAGAACGUAGCCUUAUCUAAACGAUGUCAAAAAGUCUGGUCAUCAUUAUGGUUUAAAUCAUCGUAAAAGUCAUUCUCUCGAUAUAAAUGCUCGUGUGUGAAAUGCAAUUACUUUUAUCGGCAAAAAUAUACUGCAAGUCCUUUGUUUCGCUUGUUGCGGCUUUAAUACGCUUGUCAAUGUCUAUCUUAAUGCGUUUUUUUUUUCUUUUUUGAGAGAGAGUUUACUUAAUUUUUUCUUCUGUUUUUUUUUUUUCUCUUUCGGAGUAUAUUAUAUAUUAGGAGGCACACGGAGACGAGUAAUAUACGAGAAACAUAUGCCAAAGCGGAAAACUUUCUGCUGCAAUACUAUACAUAUAAAUAAACGAUAAACGCACACACGCACUUUCUCACAUAUACAUGUACACAAAAAGUAUACGUAAUAUCAAAAAGGAGAGCCUAUACUUUGUAACAUACGUAUAUACGUAUUCGAUCUAUUGCGAUAAUGUCAAAGAAAUGUCGAGAAAUCAAUGUCUUCGAACACUUUGUUACUGAGCAAUCGUCAUACGUUGUUAUACGAAUACAUUCUUAUUCAUACAACAUA